AUGAGCUCUCGACCAGCGACACCAUGCGAAGCACGAAAUUCGACUGAGGAUCAUGGAUCCGCCUCAGAUGGAGGCUGCGUUCCUCCAGAUUACAGAAAGGCGCUUAAGGUCCAUUUCGACGAACUCUACCCGCACUUGGUCCGCCACUUGACUCGAUCUUCGAUCGACGCGCGACCAAGAACGCGGCAGAAGAUCAGCCAAGCAACGGAGGAACAGCUUUGGGAGCUGUCUACCGAUGUUUACGAUGAGUUUAUGAGGCGGAUGUCGUUACAAGGUGCUAAGUUCCUUCCCGCACAAGAAGGGUACCAUCCAAAGCGGAAUGCCGCUCGCCAGAAACUAGCGUCCUUACCGGACGAACGGUUCGAAGUCCUUUGCGGAGACGUGUUCCAGGAAAUAUCAAGGCGGUACCCUGAAUUCUAUGACUGCGAAAGCAGCGACUCGAGCAGCGAAACGGGCCUUGCAUUCAGCUGUUGGCUUAUGCGCCAAGAGUUUCCUCGAGGGCUCCAGCGAGCGCGAUUCCCUAACAAGCUUCGGGCUACUGCUCCUGCAUACGGCACGGCGUGUCAGGCAGUCGAAGAGAAGCCUGUGGUUGCGUACCAGGAUGGAUCUGAACUAGGCACGACACAUUCAGUGGUGACUAACUCAGACCACUCCGAAGAGACAUUGAUAGCGUCGAUCUCUCAAUCUGAAAAACCUCGCCAAACGACUCCUUCGCGAAGACAGCGAGGAAAGUAUGGUUUAUGCAACCUACGCCCUGCUUGGUUGCAACGGCUUUGGAAAGUCUUGCAUCACCAGCCCCAGACCACAGCUCGCGCUCAGAACGAGGUAAAGGAAGGUAGCCAACCAGCAGCCGACAGUUCAAGACGGCAGAAACUUUGCCUUGUCGGCAGAUUAGGACUAGCCUUACACUCGCUAUCUUGUUUCGUCAAACCUCGGUUGCCUCCUGAGUAG